AUGCUCCUCUCCUUCCAUUCUCUCCCUCACACACUUUCCUUUCCCCCCUCUCUCCCUCUUUCCCUCCCUCCUUCCCUCCCUCUCUCCCUCUUUCCCUCCCUCCUUCCCUACAUUGACUCAAUCUGCUCCUUAUUCUCUCAGCUCCUCUCCUUCCAUUCUCUCCCUCACACACCUUCCAUCCUCCCUCUCUCCCUCUUUCCCUCCCUCCUUCCCUCCCUCUCUCCCUCUUUCCCUCCCUCCUUCCCUCCCUCUCUCCCUCCUUUCAUCAGAACAGAGCAGGUGAGUGGUGCGGCAGAGCAGGUGAGUGGUGCGGCAGAGCAGGUGAGUGGUGCGGCAGAGCAGGUGAGUGGUGCGGCAGAGCAGGUGAGUGGUGCAGCAGAGCAGGUGAGUGGUGCGGCAGAGCAGGUGAGUGGUGCAGCAGAGCAGGUGAGUGGUGCGACAGAGCAGGUGAGUGGUGCAGCAGAGCAGGUGAGUGGUGCGGCAGAGCAGGUGAGUGGUGCGGCAGAGCAGGUGAGUGGUGCAGCAGAGCAGGUGAGUGGUGCGACAGAGCAGGUGAGUGGUGCGGCAGAGCAGGUGAGUGGUGCGGCAGAGCAGGUGAGUGGUGCGGCAGAGCAGGUGAGUGGUGCAGCAGAGCAGGUGAGUGGUGCGGCAGAGCAGGUGAGUGGUGCGGCAGAGCAGGUGAGUGGUGCAGCAGAGCAGGUGAGUGGUGCGGCAGAGCAGGUGAGUGGUGCGACAGAGCAGGUGAGUGGUGCAGCAGAGCAGGUGAGUGGUGCGGCAGAGCAGGUGAGUGGUGCGGCAGAGCAGGUGAGUGGUGCGGCAGAGCAGGUGAGUGGUGCGGCAGAGCAGGUGAGUGGUGCGGCAGAGCAGGUGGGUGGUGCGGCAGAGCAGGUGAGUGGUGCGGCAGAGCAGGUGAGUGGUGCGGCAGAGCAGGUGAGUGGUGCGGCAGAGCAGGUGAGUGGUGCGGCAGAGCAGGUGGGUGGUGCGGCAGAGCAGGUGAGUGGUGCGGCAGAGCAGGUGAGUGGUGCAGCAGAGCAGGUGAGUGGUGCGGCAGAGCAGGUGAGUGGUGCGGCAGAGCAGGUGAGUGGUGCGGCAGAGCAGCUGAGUGGUGCGGCAGAGCAGGUGGGUGGUGCGGCAGAGCAGGUGAGUGGUGCGGCAGAGCAGGUGAGUGGUGCGGCAGAGCAGGUGAGUGGUGCAGCAGAGCAGCUGAGUGGUGCGGCAGAGCAGGUGAGUGGUGCGGCAGAGCAGGUGAGUGGUGCGGCAGAGCAGGUGAGUGGUGCAGCAGAGCAGGUGAGUGGUGCAGCAGAGCAGGUGAGUGGUGCGGCAGAGCAGGUGAGUGGUGCGGCAGAGCAGGUGAGUGGUGCGGCAGAGAAGGUGAGUGGUGCGGCAGAGCAGGUGAGUGGUGCGGCAGAGCAGGUGAGUGGUGCGGCAGAGCAGGUGAGUAGUGCGGCAGAGCAGGUGAGUGGUGCGGCAGAGCAGGUGAGUGGUGCGGCAGAGCAGGUGAGUGGUGCAGCAGAGCAGGUGACUGGUGCGGCAGAGCAGGUGAGUGGUGCAGCAGAGCAGGUGACUGGUGCGGCAGAGCAGGUGAGUGGUGCAGCAGAGCAGGUGAGUGGUGCAGCAGAGCAGGUGAGUGGUGCAGCAGAGCAGGUGAGUGGUGCAGCAGAGCAGGUGAGUGGUGCGGCAGAGCAGGUGAGUGGUGCAGCAGAGCAGGUGAGUGGUGCAGCAGAGCAGGUGAGUGGUGCAGCAGAGCAGGUGAGUGGUGCAUCAGAGCAGGUGAGUGGUGCAGCAGAGCAGGUGAGUGGUGCAGCAGAGCAGGUGAGUGGUGCAGCAGAGCAGGUGAGUGGUGCAGCAGAGCAGGUGAGUGGUGCGGCAGAGCAGGUGAGUGGUGCAGCAGAGCAGGUGAGUGGUGCAGCAGAGCAGGUGAGUGGUGCAGCAGAGCAGGUGAGUGGUGCAGCAGAGCAGGUGAGUAGUGCGGCAGAGCAGGUGAGUGGUGCAGCAGAGCAGGUGAGUGGUGCGGCAGAGCAGGUGAGUGGUGCAGCAGAGCAGGUGAGUGGUGCGGCAGAGCAGGUGAGUGGUGCGGCAGAGCAGGUGAGUGGUGCAGCAGAGCAGGUGAGUGGUGCGGCAGAGCAGGUGAGUGGUGCAGCAGAGCAGGUGAGUGGUGCAGCAGAGCAGGUGAGUGGUGCGGCAGAGCAGGUGAGUGGUGCAGCAGAGCAGGUGAGUGGUGCGGCAGAGCAGGUGAGUGGUGCGGCAGAGCAGGUGAGUGGUGCGGCAGAGCAGGUGAGUGGUGCGGCAGAGCAGGUGAGUGGUGCGGCAGAGCAGGUGAGUGGUGCGGCAGAGCAGGUGAGUGGUGCGGCAGAGCAGGUGAGUGGUGCGGCAGAGCAGGUGAGUGGUGGGGCAGAGCAGGUGAGUGGUGCGGCAGAGCAGGUGAGUGGUGCGGCAGAGCAGGUGAGUGGUGCGGCAGAGCAGGUGAGUGGUGCGGCAGAGCAGGUGAGUGGUGCAGCAGAGCAGGUGAGUGGUGCAGCAGAGCAGGUGAGUGGUGCAGCAGAGCAGGUGAGUGGUGCAGCAGAGCAGGUGAGUGGUGCAGCAGAGCAGGUGAGUGGUGCAGCAGAGCAGGUGAGUGGUGCGGCAGAGCAGGUGAGUGGUGCAGCAGAGCAGGUGAGUGGAGCGGCAGAGCAGGUGAGUGGUGCAGCAGAGCAGGUGAGUGGUGCAGCAGAGCAGGUGAGUGGUGCAGCAGAGCAGGUGAGUGGUGCGGCAGAGCAGGUGAGUGGUGCAGCAGAGCAGGUGAGUGGAGCGGCAGAGCAGGUGAGUGGUGCAGCAGAGCAGGUGAGUGGUGCAGCAGAGCAGGUGAGUGGUGCAGCAGAGCAGGUGAGUGGUGCAGCAGAGCAGGUGAGUGGUGCAGCAGAGCAGGUGAGUGGUGCAGCAGAGCAGGUGAGUGGUGCAGCAGAGCAGGUGAGUGGUGCGGCAGAGCAGGUGAGUGGUGCAGCAGAGCAGGUGAGUGGUGCGGCAGAGCAGGUGAGUGGUGCAGCAGAGCAGGUGAGUGGUGCAGCAGAGCAGGUGAGUGGUGCAGCAGAGCAGGUGAGUGGUGCGGCAGAGCAGGUGAGUGGUGCAGCAGAGCAGGUGAGUGGAGCGGCAGAGCAGGUGAGUGGUGCGGCAGAGCAGGUGAGUGGUGCAGCAGAGCAGGUGAGUGGUGCGGCAGAGCAGGUGAGUGGUGCAGCAGAGCAGGUGAGUGGUGCGGCAGAGCAGGUGAGUGGUGCAGCAGAGCAGGUGAGUGGUGCAGCAGAGCAGGUGAGUGGUGCGGCAGAGCAGGUGAGUGGUGCAGCAGAGCAGGUGAGUGGUGCGGCAGAGCAGGUGAGUGGUGCGGCAGAGCAGGUGAGUGGUGCGGCAGAGCAGGUGAGUGGUGCGGCAGAGCAGGUGAGUGGUGCAGCAGAGCAGGUGAGUGGUGCAGCAGAGCAGGUGAGUGGUGCAGCAGAGCAGGUGAGUGGUGCGGCAGAGCAGGUGAGUGGUGCAGCAGAGCAGGUGAGUGGUGCAGCAGAGCAGGUGAGUGGUGCGGCAGAGCAGGUGAGUGGUGCGGCAGAGCAGGUGAGUGGUGCAGCAGAGCAGGUGAGUGGUGCGGCAGAGCAGGUGAGUGGUGCGGCAGAGCAGGUGAGUGGUGCAGCAGAGCAGGUGAGUGGUGCAGCAGAGCAGGUGAGUGGUGCAGCAGAGCAGGUGAGUGGUGCGGCAGAGCAGGUGAGUGGUGCAGCAGAGCAGGUGAGUGGUGCGGCAGAGCAGGUGAGUGGUGCGGCAGAGCAGGUGAGUGGUGCAGCAGAGCAGGUGAGUGGUGCAGCAGAGCAAGUGAGUGGUGCAGCAGAGCAGGUGAGUGGUGCGGCAGAGCAGGUGAGUGGUGCAGCAGAGCAGGUGAGUGGUGCGGCAGAGCAGGUGAGUGGUGCGGCAGAGCAGGUGAGUGGUGCAGCAGAGCAGGUGAGUGGUGCAGCAGAGCAGGUGAGUGGUGCAGCAGAGCAGGUGAGUGGUGCAGCAGAGCAGGUGAGUGGUGCGGCAGAGCAGGUGAGUGGUGCAGCAGAGCAGGUGAGUGGUGCGGCAGAGCAGGUGAGUGGUGCAGCAGAGCAGGUGAGUGGAGCGGCAGAGCAGGUGAGUGGUGCGGCAGAGCAGGUGAGUGGUGCAGCAGAGCAGGUGAGUGGUGCGGCAGAGCAGGUGAGUGGUGCAGCAGAGCAGGUGAGUGGUGCAGCAGAGCAGGUGAGUGGUGCGGCAGAGCAGGUGAGUGGUGCAGCAGAGCAGGUGAGUGGUGCGGCAGAGCAGGUGAGUGGUGCGGCAGAGCAGGUGAGUGGUGCGGCAGAGCAGGUGAGUGGUGCGGCAGAGCAGGUGAGUGGUGCAGCAGAGCAGGUGAGUGGUGCGGCAGAGCAGGUGAGUGGUGCGGCAGAGCAGGUGAGUGGUGCAGCAGAGCAGGUGAGUGGUGCGGCAGAGAAGGUGAGUGGUGCGGCAGAGCAGGUGAGUGGUGCAGCAGAGCAGGUGAGUGGUGCAGCAGAGCAGGUGAGUGGUGCGGCAGAGCAGGUGAGUGGUGCGGCAGAGCAGGUGAGUGGUGCAGCAGAGCAGGUGAGUGGUGCGGCAGAGCAGGUGAGUGGUGCGGCAGAGCAGGUGAGUGGUGCAGCAGAGCAGGUGAGUGGUGCAGCAGAGCAGGUGAGUGGUGCGGCAGAGCAGGUGAGUGGUGCAGCAGAGCAGGUGAGUGGUGCGGCAGAGCAGGUGAGUGGUGCGGCAGAGCAGGUGAGUGGUGCAGCAGAGCAGGUGAGUGGUGCGGCAGAGCAGGUGAGUGGUGCGGCAGAGCAGGUGAGUGGUGCGGCAGAGCAGGUGAGUGGUGCGGCAGAGCAGGUGAGUGGUGCGGCAGAGCAGGUGAGUGGUGCGGCAGAGCAGGUGAGUGGUGCGGCAGAGCAGGUGAGUGGUGCGGCAGAGCAGGUGAGUGGUGCGGCAGAGCAGGUGAGUGGUGCGGCAGAGCAGGUGAGUGGUGCGGCAGAGCAGGUGAGUGGUGCGGCAGAGCAGGUGAGUGGUGCAGCAGAGCAGGUGAGUGGUGCGGCAGAGCAGGUGAGUGGUGCGGCAGAGCAGGUGAGUGGUGCGGCAGAGCAGGUGAGUGGUGCGGCAGAGCAGGUGAGUGGUGCGGCAGAGCAGGUGAGUGGUGCGGCAGAGCAGGUGAGUGGUGCGGCAGAGCAGGUGAGUGGUGCGGCAGAGCAGGUGAGUGGUGCGGCAGAGCAGGUGAGUGGUGCGGCAGAGCAGGUGAGUGGUGCGGCAGAGCAGGUGAGUGGUGCGGCAGAGCAGGUGAGUGGUGCAGCAGAGCAGGUGAGUGGUGCGGCAGAGCAGGUGAGUGGUGCGGCAGAGCAGGUGAGUGGUGCGGCAGAGCAGGUGAGUGGUGCGGCAGAGCAGGUGAGUGGUGCGGCAGAGCAGGUGAGUGGUGCGGCAGAGCAGGUGAGUGGUGCGGCAGAGCAGGUGAGUGGUGCGGCAGAGCAGGUGAGUGGUGCGGCAGAGCAGGUGAGUGGUGCGGCAGAGCAGGUGAGUGGUGCGGCAGAGCAGGUGAGUGGUGCGGCAGAGCAGGUGAGUGGUGCGGCAGAGCAGGUGAGUGGUGCGGCAGAGCAGGUGAGUGGUGCGGCAGAGCAGGUGAGUGGUGCGGCAGAGCAGGUGAGUGGUGCGGCAGAGCAGGUGAGUGGUGCGGCAGAGCAGGUGAGUGGUGCGGCAGAGCAGGUGAGUGGUGCGGCAGAGCAGGUGAGUGGUGCGGCAGAGCAGGUGAGUGGUGCGGCAGAGCAGGUGAGUGGUGCGGCAGAGCAGGUGAGUGGUGCGGCAGAGCAGGUGAGUGGUGCGGCAGAGCAGGUGAGUGGUGCGGCAGAGCAGGUGAGUGGUGCGGCAGAGCAGGUGAGUGGUGCGGCAGAGCAGGUGAGUGGUGCGGCAGAGCAGGUGAGUGGUGCGGCAGAGCAGGUGAGUGGUGCGGCAGAGCAGGUGAGUGGUGCGGCAGAGCAGGUGAGUGGUGCGGCAGAGCAGGUGAGUGGUGCGGCAGAGCAGGUGAGUGGUGCGGCAGAGCAGGUGAGUGGUGCGGCAGAGCAGGUGAGUGGUGCGGCAGAGCAGGUGAGUGGUGCGGCAGAGCAGGUGAGUGGUGCGGCAGAGCAGGUGAGUGGUGCAGCAGAGCAGGUGAGUGGUGCGGCAGAGCAGGUGAGUGGUGCAGCAGAGCAGGUGAGUGGUGCAGCAGAGCAGGUGAGUGGUGCGGCAGAGCAGGUGAGUGGUGCAGCAGAGCAGGUGAGUGGUGCGGCAGAGCAGGUGAGUGGUGCAGCAGAGCAGGUGAGUGGUGCGGCAGAGCAGGUGAGUGGUGCGGCAGAGCAGGUGAGUGGUGCAGCAGAGCAGGUGAGUGGUGCGGCAGAGCAGGUGAGUGGUGCAGCAGAGCAGGUGAGUGGUGCAGCAGAGCAGGUGAGUGGUGCGGCAGAGCAGGUGAGUGGUGCGGCAGAGCAGGUGAGUGGUGCGGCAGAGCAGGUGAGUGGUGCGGCAGAGCAGGUGAGUGGUGCGGCAGAGCAGGUGAGUGGUGCGGCAGAGCAGGUGAGUGGUGCGGCAGAGCAGGUGAGUGGUGCGGCAGAGCAGGUGAGUGGUGCGGCAGAGCAGGUGAGUGGUGCGGCAGAGCAGGUGAGUGGUGCGGCAGAGCAGGUGAGUGGUGCGGCAGAGCAGGUGAGUGGUGCGGCAGAGCAGGUGAGUGGUGCGGCAGAGCAGGUGAGUGGUGCGGCAGAGCAGGUGAGUGGUGCGGCAGAGCAGGUGAGUGGUGCGGCAGAGCAGGUGAGUGGUGCGGCAGAGCAGGUGAGUGGUGCGGCAGAGCAGGUGAGUGGUGCGGCAGAGCAGGUGAGUGGUGCGGCAGAGCAGGUGAGUGGUGCGGCAGAGCAGGUGAGUGGUGCAGCAGAGCAGGUGAGUGGUGCGGCAGAGCAGGUGAGUGGUGCGGCAGAGCAGGUGAGUGGUGCGGCAGAGCAGGUGAGUGGUGCGGCAGAGCAGGUGAGUGGUGCGGCAGAGCAGGUGAGUGGUGCGGCAGAGCAGGUGAGUGGUGCGGCAGAGCAGGUGAGUGGUGCGGCAGAGCAGGUGAGUGGUGCGGCAGAGCAGGUGAGUGGUGCGGCAGAGCAGGUGAGUGGUGCGGCAGAGCAGGUGAGUGGUGCGGCAGAGCAGGUGAGUGGUGCGGCAGAGCAGGUGAGUGGUGCGGCAGAGCAGGUGAGUGGUGCGGCAGAGCAGGUGAGUGGUGCGGCAGAGCAGGUGAGUGGUGCGGCAGAGCAGGUGAGUGGUGCGGCAGAGCAGGUGAGUGGUGCGGCAGAGCAGGUGAGUGGUGCGGCAGAGCAGGUGAGUGGUGCGGCAGAGCAGGUGAGUGGUGCGGCAGAGCAGGUGAGUGGUGCGGCAGAGCAGGUGAGUGGUGCGGCAGAGCAGGUGAGUGGUGCGGCAGAGCAGGUGAGUGGUGCGGCAGAGCAGGUGAGUGGUGCGGCAGAGCAGGUGAGUGGUGCGGCAGAGCAGGUGAGUGGUGCGGCAGAGCAGGUGAGUGGUGCGGCAGAGCAGGUGAGUGGUGCGGCAGAGCAGGUGAGUGGUGCGGCAGAGCAGGUGAGUGGUGCGGCAGAGCAGGUGAGUGGUGCGGCAGAGCAGGUGAGUGGUGCGGCAGAGCAGGUGAGUGGUGCGGCAGAGCAGGUGAGUGGUGCGGCAGAGCAGGUGAGUGGUGCGGCAGAGCAGGUGAGUGGUGCGGCAGAGCAGGUGAGUGGUGCGGCAGAGCAGGUGAGUGGUGCGGCAGAGCAGGUGAGUGGUGCGGCAGAGCAGGUGAGUGGUGCGGCAGAGCAGGUGAGUGGUGCGGCAGAGCAGGUGAGUGGUGCGGCAGAGCAGGUGAGUGGUGCGGCAGAGCAGGUGAGUGGUGCGGCAGAGCAGGUGAGUGGUGCGGCAGAGCAGGUGAGUGGUGCGGCAGAGCAGGUGAGUGGUGCGGCAGAGCAGGUGAGUGGUGCGGCAGAGCAGGUGAGUGGUGCGGCAGAGCAGGUGAGUGGUGCGGCAGAGCAGGUGAGUGGUGCGGCAGAGCAGGUGAGUGGUGCGGCAGAGCAGGUGAGUGGUGCGGCAGAGCAGGUGAGUGGUGCGGCAGAGCAGGUGAGUGGUGCGGCAGAGCAGGUGAGUGGUGCGGCAGAGCAGGUGAGUGGUGCGGCAGAGCAGGUGAGUGGUGCGGCAGAGCAGGUGAGUGGUGCGGCAGAGCAGGUGAGUGGUGCGGCAGAGCAGGUGAGUGGUGCGGCAGAGCAGGUGAGUGGUGCGGCAGAGCAGGUGAGUGGUGCGGCAGAGCAGGUGAGUGGUGCGGCAGAGCAGGUGAGUGGUGCGGCAGAGCAGGUGAGUGGUGCGGCAGAGCAGGUGAGUGGUGCGGCAGAGCAGGUGAGUGGUGCGGCAGAGCAGGUGAGUGGUGCGGCAGAGCAGGUGAGUGGUGCGGCAGAGCAGGUGAGUGGUGCGGCAGAGCAGGUGAGUGGUGCGGCAGAGCAGGUGAGUGGUGCGGCAGAGCAGGUGAGUGGUGCGGCAGAGCAGGUGAGUGGUGCGGCAGAGCAGGUGAGUGGUGCGGCAGAGCAGGUGAGUGGUGCGGCAGAGCAGGUGAGUGGUGCGGCAGAGCAGGUGAGUGGUGCGGCAGAGCAGGUGAGUGGUGCGGCAGAGCAGGUGAGUGGUGCGGCAGAGCAGGUGAGUGGUGCGGCAGAGCAGGUGAGUGGUGCGGCAGAGCAGGUGAGUGGUGCGGCAGAGCAGGUGAGUGGUGCGGCAGAGCAGGUGAGUGGUGCGGCAGAGCAGGUGAGUGGUGCGGCAGAGCAGGUGAGUGGUGCGGCAGAGCAGGUGAGUGGUGCGGCAGAGCAGGUGAGUGGUGCGGCAGAGCAGGUGAGUGGUGCGGCAGAGCAGGUGAGUGGUGCGGCAGAGCAGGUGAGUGGUGCGGCAGAGCAGGUGAGUGGUGCGGCAGAGCAGGUGAGUGGUGCGGCAGAGCAGGUGAGUGGUGCGGCAGAGCAGGUGAGUGGUGCGGCAGAGCAGGUGAGUGGUGCGGCAGAGCAGGUGAGUGGUGCGGCAGAGCAGGUGAGUGGUGCGGCAGAGCAGGUGAGUGGUGCGGCAGAGCAGGUGAGUGGUGCGGCAGAGCAGGUGAGUGGUGCGGCAGAGCAGGUGAGUGGUGCGGCAGAGCAGGUGAGUGGUGCGGCAGAGCAGGUGAGUGGUGCGGCAGAGCAGGUGAGUGGUGCGGCAGAGCAGGUGAGUGGUGCGGCAGAGCAGGUGAGUGGUGCGGCAGAGCAGGUGAGUGGUGCGGCAGAGCAGGUGAGUGGUGCGGCAGAGCAGGUGAGUGGUGCGGCAGAGCAGGUGAGUGGUGCGGCAGAGCAGGUGAGUGGUGCGGCAGAGCAGGUGAGUGGUGCGGCAGAGCAGGUGAGUGGUGCGGCAGAGCAGGUGAGUGGUGCGGCAGAGCAGGUGAGUGGUGCGGCAGAGCAGGUGAGUGGUGCGGCAGAGCAGGUGAGUGGUGCGGCAGAGCAGAGAUCGCUAUAG